AUGAGCUUGAAUCCUUUCCUCUGGUCUAGCUCAGAACUUCUCCAUCCCUCUUGGUCAAUAUCUACGCUAUCUCUUCUCGUUUUCGCUGCACUCCAGCAUGUUCUUCCAUCUAUCUCCCCAUUGUUUCAUGUAUGGUUACGGGUUGUGCUUUCUUGGGCUCUCACCAUCUCUCACUUUAGAAAAUACGACUCUCAAAAACGUCAUAUAACAAAUGAAAUCCAAAACAAAAACCUUGGUGCUUUCUUUUACUUUGCAACAAUAGAGGCUUACCAAACCUCUUAA